GUUCAUGCACCGGCCGCGGGUUUCUAUUUGCCAACCGGAACCCCUCGAAUGCGCGGCUGAUCCAAUCGGCGCUGACAGACGGUCCCCGGGCUUUCUCAACCUCAACUUCUUUCCUUCCAGCCUGCCUCCAGCCCUCCGUAUUACGGGUCUCUUACUUACUCCGUACGGCGUGAUUUUCUCUAGCUUCGGUGAUUUUCUUGGGUGCGUGAAACUCCGAACUCGAGACGGAUCCCACUACUAGCUUCACUUUUCCCCUCCUUGUCAGCAUCCUGGACCCCGCGCCUUCACCACCACUACCACCACCACCGUCAGCAUGUCCAAGUACGGCGUCCUAGUGAUGGGCCCCGCGGGCGCGGGCAAAACCACAUUUUGCAGCUCCAUCAUCCAACACCUCCAAAACACCCGACGCAGCUGCUUCUACGUGAACCUUGACCCCGCCGCCGAAACCUUCAACUAUGAGCCCGACUUGGACAUCCGCGAACUCAUCACCUUGGAAGACGUCAUGGAAGAGCUAGGACUCGGUCCCAAUGGCGGCCUCAUCUACUGUUUCGAGUUCCUACUGCAAAAUCUGGAAUUCCUCUCGGAGGCGCUCGAUCCGCUCAGCGAAGAGUACCUGAUCAUCUUCGACAUGCCCGGUCAGAUCGAGCUGUACACGCACAUUCCACUGUUGCCGUCGCUGGUACAGUUUCUGUCGCGUCAAGGGCCCCUGAACAUCAGUCUCUGUGCGGCGUAUCUGCUCGAGAGUACGUUCGUCGUGGACAAGGCCAAAUUCUUUGCCGGCACGUUGAGUGCCAUGUCUGCCAUGUUGAUGCUGGAGAUGCCCCACGUCAACAUUCUGAGCAAGAUGGACCAGGUGCGGGAUAUGAUCUCGCGCAAGGAGUUGAAGCAGUUCACCAGUGUGGAUAUUAACAACCUGCUGGGCAGUACGGACGAGGAGGGGACGACGACGAUGGAGGGUGAUCCAUCGUCGAAAGAUACGAUGUUGAGUGGCGGGUCGUUCCAGCAGUUGAAUCGCGCGGUCGGCCAGCUCAUUGAUGAUUUCAGUAUGGUUUCGUUCCUCAAGCUGGACGUGCAGGAUGAGGACAGCGUUGCGGCGGUUCUGAGUCACAUUGAUGAUGCGAUUCAGUACCAUGAGGCGCAGGAACCACGCGAGCCGUCGGACGCCCAAGAAGUGGAUUACGAGGAUUGAGCUGUAAGCGGCAGGGGCUGAGCGCCGCGGCGAUUACGCCAUCACGUCAGGAUCGGGGCCUGACUAGCGCAUACUCCGUCGAGGUAUAUUAACUAGGUUGCAGCGGGAUGAACCCGCUGCUGAGUAACAGCAGCAACAACAACAACACCACCCCGUUGGAACCGCCGGCACCGUCUGCCAUAAGCAUCCCACCGGGUGAUGGGGCCAAAAAAACCAAGGGCAGAGAUUCGUAUCAGAUACGAACAAAGACACCGAAGGAAUCGGGCGAUCAACCAUUCCGACAAAGAGGAAUGUGAGCCGAAGAUCAUGUAAUUGCCAAGCAUGACACCUACACCAUACCUAAGACAACCCAAUAGCAAUGCAAACACCACCAAUCAUG